AAAAUAAUACUCAAUCACAGACAUCUGGAUGGAUUAAAUAAAUACUCGUGUUACGUUUAUAGUAUUUUUAAAAGAAUCAUUAAUAUGGCAAAACAAUCGGAACCAAUUACAACGGCCACCAUUGAUGAAGCUUUGGAAAAGACACAUUUUGGAAAAUUUAAUAUUAAACUUAUAGUAUUUUCGGGUCUUGUAUUGAAUAAUGUGAUAUUGGAAUCGGUGGGAGUUAGUUUUGCUUUGCCAGUUGUGGCUUGUGAUUUGAAUUUGUCUUAUCAGGAGCAAGGUAUCUUAGGUGCAGUGUGCUUUUUAGGCAUCAUCUUUAGUUCCCAUUUAUGGGGAUUUUUGGCUGAUACCAAAGGUCGCAAGAGGACAAUGAGACCCACAUUGUUUUUAGCUUUUUUAGUGACAUUUGUAUCGAGUUUCUCCUUCAAUUUCGUAAUGAUGGCAAUAUUGCGCUUUAUAAAUGGAAUAUUAAUAUCAGCCGGUUCUGCUACUAUUUUCGCUUAUUUAGGCGAAUUCCAUAGUCAAAAGGAUCGCAAUAAAGCCAUACUAUGUGGAGCUUUAAUGAGUGCGUUCAGUGCUGUAUUUUUUCCAAUUAUUGCCUGGCUUUUUAUUAAUCAAGAAUGGGAAUUUGAUAUACCAUUCUUGCCGAUUGUUUAUAAACCCUGGCGUUUGUAUUUUCUUAUGUGUGGCGUAUCUGGACUUGGUUGCUGCAUAUUUUUAGGAUACUUACCUGAAAGUCCUAAAUAUCUGUUGGGCGUCAAUAGAACACAAGAAUCUUUAGAUGUUUUAAAGGAAAUACAUCGUAAAAAUACUCAUGGAAAUAAAAAUCUAAAAAACGACCAAUUUACGAUUACCACUCUAUUGCCCGAUUUGGAUACACCCAUACGCAAACAAGGUAUUGAUAAUCCCAAAUCAGCUUCGUCAAUGCUAAAGCUAAUAUGGGAUCAAACAGCUCCAUUAUUUAUGAGACAGCAUAUUCGUAAAACUUGCUUGGCGGCCGUUAUACAAUUUAUCAUAUUCUUUACUGCCCAUGGAGUUUACAUGUGGUUUCCCUAUAUACUUAACAAUGCCAUGUUGUAUACACAACACUAUGAUGAACCUUUAUGCCUUUGUGAUAUUUUAAGAUUUACUCAAUCCUCGAAUUUUUCCAUACCAAAUAGUUUAGAUGUUAAUCAGAAUGAUAAAAUGUGUACAACCAAAUUGGAAAUAUCCACCUACAGACAUACAAUUACAUUGGAAUUCAUCUAUAUAUUUCUGCUGAUAUGUGUGAUUUUUGCCAAUAAAAAAUUCAAACGUACUCCAAUUUUAUUUACAAUUCUAGCAACUUGUGGUCUUUUUGGCAUUCUGAGUUUGUUAAUCAGCAUUCCCUUGGUAGCGAUUUAUAUGCUGGUCAUUACGUUGUGUUGUGGUUUAGGCACUAGUGUCAUGAAUACAAUUGUAGUUGAUAUUUAUCCCACAAAUUUAAGAGCCAUGGCAGUGUGUAUUUCAUUAAUGCUGGGACGCAUUGGUAGUGUUACCGGAAGUAAUGUAAUGGGUGCCUUAAUAGAAACUCAUUGUGAAGCUGCUUUAUACAGUUCCUCAACAGCUUUAAUAUUAGCAGGUUGUUUGGGUUUUCUAAUGCCUAAAACCCAGGAUAAUAAAAAACCAAUGGAAGAUAAUGAAAGUAGCUGAUUUCAAUAAAUUACCUUAAUAAUUAAGAUUUUUAUAAAGAAAUAAGUAGAUAAAGUUAUAAACUAAUUGUUUUUUUUUUUUUUUUAUUCAAAAAAAUCUUUAAUGUUGAAGUUGUCCAGAAUCACUGAUAACAAUUGUCU